AUGCAGGAGACUGUCAGAAUUGGUGGGAGAAGGUCGAAGUUGGCUGUGAUUCAGUCUAUGACUGUCAAGCAACUUAUCGAAGAAAAUUUUCCCAACUAUGAAUGCCCUGUCUUGGCGCUGCAAACGCUUGGUGAUCAGGUUCAACAGAAACCUUUAUACUCGUUUGGUGGUAAAGCUCUAUGGACAAAGGAGCUAGAAGACUUGCUGUACGACAAGGAUAAUGAAAACAAGAUAGAUCUCAUCGUGCACUCGUUGAAGGAUAUGCCAACACUACUGCCCGAGGGGUUCGAGCUGGGCGGAGUCACAAAGAGAGUAGAUCCUUCUGACUGUCUCGUGAUGGCGUUAGAGUCUCCAUACAAGGGUUUAGGAGACCUACCAGAAGGGAGUGUGGUUGGGACUUCUUCCGUCAGGAGAUCCGCUCAAUUGAAGCGUAAAUUCCCCAAUCUGAAAUUCGAGAGUAUUAGAGGAAACAUUCACACUAGAUUGAAGAAAGUUGAUGACCCUGAAACACCAUACAAAUGCAUUAUAUUGGCAUCAGCAGGCCUUAUACGUAUGGGGUUGGAGCAUAGAAUAGCUGAAAGGUUCACAUCAAAAAUCAUGUAUCAUGCGGUGGGGCAGGGAGCCCUGGGGAUCGAAAUCAGGACCGGGGACACGCGCGUAAUGAAAAUCCUGGAAAAGAUCACCGAUUUAGAGAGCACGGUAUGUUGUCUUGCAGAACGUGCAUUGAUGAGAACUUUGGAAGGAGGUUGUUCCGUCCCGAUCGGUGUCGAGUCCUCGUAUAAUGUUGAGACCAAAAGACUUGAGCUGAGAGGGAUAGUUGUAAGUGUCAAUGGAGAAUUAGCUGUCGAAGAUAGCCAAGAGAUUUAUAUUGAAAAGAUUAAAGAAGAUUCAAUGGCCUGCGGAAGAUUGCUAGCUGAAAAGAUGAUGGCCAAAGGGGCCAAAAAGAUCCUUGACGAGAUAAAUCUUGAUAGAAUCGAGCAGUAG